UGAAAUUGAAAAAUGGAGAGAGAGAGACUAAAAAAGGAAGAGAAGUAUCAAAGGAAGAGAAGUAUCGACAUUGGGUUAAUUCGUGUGCUUUCCUCCAUCGCCGAUCACCGCCGCCGUAACCAUUGCCAUCGCUGACAGUUGCCGUCCAUCAUCCUACUCAUUGGACCUCAUUUCCAUCCGAUCCACCACAGAUCUACAUCGAUGUCAUCGUUUGUUCAUCUCAAAUUUAUGUUGCCAAGGUCUUCCAGCCACCAUUACAGCUCUUGUUACAACACCACACCUCCGCCGCUUGUACCGCCGCCGUUCUUACAUGUAGACGCACAAGAUCAUCGCUGUCGGUUCAAGCAGAGGCCUCCUCUACCUUGGAAAGAAAUCAAUUACUCAGUCAGUAUAUUUCUCAUCAUUUUGUUAUUGGUUAUAUAUAGCCAUAAAACGAGUUAGCCUGAUUCUAUCAAUACCGUUAUAAUCUUCUUAAAAGGAGAGAGGUUUGCAAGGGAGGAAGAGAAGGUGGCAAGAAAUCAGCCUAAUCACAAGCCUCCACCAAGGCUUCUUCAACACUGAAAUCUCAUUCUUCUCAUCCUACUCGAAGAAAUGAAGUGCCGUCUGCAAAUGCUGUUGCAAGUCAAGUUGCAAAGAGGCCCUAUUCUUUUGGUGGCCCUGCUCAUGAUGAAAAAGCUAUCCAUUGAUAGACUCGAGAAGGAGCACCAUUUCUACUUUGUGAAAUUGAGGGAUAUUAAGAUACUCUGCCAAACACCAGAGAUAGAACACUUACCGGUAAGUGUAAUGUGGUGGAAAGUUCAAAUGAAGAAUUUGAAAUCUCACAAGCAUUCCAAGGAAAAACCUGAUAAGGGGCCUUGCAAAAAUUGUUCCUGCUCUUAUUACUGGAAACUCCAUUGUGCUCAAGCCUCCAACUCAGGCCUAAUCAACUGUGUUACCGGCAAAGGCUCGGAGAUCGGUGACUUUCUUAUAAUGCAUCCAGGUGUGAAUUGCAUAAACUUCACUUGUGGAGACACCGGCAUUGCAAUUUCAAAGAAGGCAAUGGAGUUGGGAGGAAAAGAUGCAUGCAUUGUAUUUGAGGAUGCUGAUCUUGAUCUUGGUUCCUUAAAACUCAAGGAUAUAACGGUAGCCAUGAUGAAUAAAGAUAUGAACCCCAUACACUCAACUUGCACAAGUGGAAGGAGAUCAUAACUGAGUCAUUGAGAUAUCAGUGAAUUUAUUAAUGAAUGUAUAUAGUUACAUAAGCUUAUAGGUUUGUAGUAUUUUUUGUUGUUUAGAUUUGUAACAUGAUUUAUUACUUUUCAAGAGAAAUUUAUGUAUAAAUAUUUUGAGUUUAAUGAAAUAUCUCAUUUUGUAGUAA